AUGCGGCGUGAAUACAUUUUUAUCGGCAGCUUAAUAUGGUUUCUUUUCUUCCCACUUUCCGAAAGCCUUUCCGAGAGCGGGGAAUCAGAAAACGAUUAUUCCAAAGGAUGCGCUUAUCUCCGCUGCGAGAACGGCAGCCGAUGCGUGAAACGGAGGUUUUGGUGCAAGGAUCCUCCUUGCCCCAGCAUGUUGUAUUGUUCUAAGUCGAGAAGAGACUCAUUGAAGGGACCUUCGACGUGCGACACCGUUCGUUGUAGCAAAGGACACUUAUGUAUCGUUAAAGUUCGAGGAUGCCAUUGGAAUGAGAGUUGUAAGCAACAAAUAGCACGUUGUGUAUCGGAGAAUGAAUAUUAUGAAGGCGCAGCUACAUGCGCCGGUUUCAAAUGCCCAUCAGGAGAACGUUGCAUCUUGCGAGAAACAUAUUGCGCCAAUCCACCUUGCAAACUUAUCAGAAGUUGCAAAGAAACGAGAGAAGAUGAGCUAAUUAGCAAGUAUUGCUACGGCUGGAUUUGUCCACAAAUGCAAAAAUGCGUAGUGCGAAUUAUAGGUUCAUGUAAGGGUUUUAACUGUACCAUCGAGCGAUUAUGUCGUGCAUCUUCAGUCUCAUCUACCAAACGCGACGCAAAUGCAAACAACAAGAUCGAGCAACCUCCAGCUAGAAAGACUAUGCAAAUGGAAAGCGAGUCGAGUCAAGAACUGGAAAGAAGAAUAAAUAUUCAGAUGAAUUAUCCUGUCACGGAGCAAAAGUCGAUUUUGCCAACAACUUCAACGCGGAGACAAAAUACACGUUAUACAACUCCGACAAAAUAUGAAAUAGAAACUUUAUCGUCUCGUGAGCAAAUCGCAACAACAAAAUCAAAUUUAAUCGCGGAAACAUUGAGAACUUCAACAGAGGAGCCGUUGCCUUACUUUCAAUUUCACCUAAAUCACUCUAAACUUUCAACGAUUGAUACUAUUAAUGAAGACAAAGUUUUCCAGAGCUCAACCUUCCCGGUAUCCUCGUCCGUUGAUGGAGGAACUGAAUCAAUUACAUUGCGUGACACGGACAGAUUAGAAGCGCCGAGAAAGAUCUACAUAACAACUGACGACGCUUUGCCCCUUCCCGUGGUGUUGGAGGACAUUAACUUCAUUAGACAAGGUUAUCCAAUCUGGAUAAACAACGAUCCGUAUCGUUCAUUCGAAAUGAAGGACGAAGAUGACGGUAUAUGGAGACAUCGUAUGCCACAAGAACCGUACAAGAUUUUACUGCCGCCGUAUGAGCCGGUGAUUCUUGUCGAAGAUAUGAGGAGACGAGAAUUUCUACCGCUCGAUCAUUUCUUUAACGAGACAGCUUCGGUAUUUUCGCCAGAGAUAAUACUAACGGACUCGUCCGACGAUUAUACGACUUUCCCUGCGAUAGAAAAGACAAGUCCUGCUCCGCCGAGUAUUCGCGGCAAAAAACUGGAUAAUUACUGGCAACCAUGGUAUAUGAUUCAUGACUAUCUGGAACAGAAUGAACCGCAAUCAAGCCACGAAGGAGAAUCCGAAUCGAGCAUCAUCGUUGAUCUUGCAACAGAUGAUUUAUGUAAGAAUGAUUUUGAAAAUAUCAUAGAUGCUUUAUUGGUGUGUGCAGAUAGAAAUGAUACGUUGGCUGUCAGAGAAACGUCCCCGAGAAAUCAAAUUACGGGCGAGGAGAGGAGCCGAAGUCCUGAAAUAUACGUAGGCGGGAGCAAUAAAAAUCUUGCGACAUUCAGUCCACCUUCAACGGCGAGUGAUUACACUACUCAAGACGAGAAGUUCCAUGAACUGGCGAAUUAUCCUUAUGACACGAUAUUCGUUCGCCGUGUUGACAAAUCGAGGCGCGAGGAUUCUCUUCCAGGCGACUUUUGA